AGGCGAGGCGCUGCAGCCAUGGCGUCGUAUGUGGGGAGCCGGACUUUGAGCAAGGACGAUGUGAACUAUCGGCUGCAUUUCCGCAUGAUCAACGAGCAGCAAGUGGAGGACAUCACCCUGGAGUUCUUCUAUCGGCCCCACACCAUCACCUUGCUGAGCUUCACCAUCCUCAGCCUCAUGGCCUUCGCCUUCACCAGAGAUGAUACAACCCCCGAAGAUAAUAUUUGGAAAGGCAUCCUCUCUGUGAUAUUUUUCUUUCUAAUCAUCAGUGUUCUAGCUUUUCCCAAUGGCCCUUUCACCCGUCCACACCCUGCAAUAUGGCGCAUGGUAUUUGGUUUGAGUGUACUUUAUUUCCUGUUUCUGGUAUUCCUGCUGUUCCUUAACUUUGAACAAGUGAAAUCAGUGAUGUACUGGUUGGAUCCUAACCUACGAUAUGCGACAAGAGAAGCAGACAUUAUGGAAUAUGCUGUGAAUUGCCAUGUUAUUACCUGGGAACGAAUCCUAAGUCAUUUUGACAUAUUUGCUUUUGGACAUUUCUGGGGCUGGGCAAUGAAGGCUUUGUUGAUCCGCAGCUAUGGAUUGUGUUGGACUAUUAGUAUCACCUGGGAGCUGACAGAGCUGUUCUUCAUGCAUCUGCUGCCGAAUUUUGCUGAAUGCUGGUGGGAUCAAGUUAUUUUGGACAUCCUGCUAUGUAAUGGGGGUGGCAUCUGGUUGGGCAUGGUGGUUUGCCGUUGGUUGGAGAUGAGGACCUAUCACUGGGCAAGCUUCAAGGACAUUCACACCACUACAGGUAAAAUCAAGAGAGCCGUCUUACAGUUCACUCCAGCAAGCUGGACGUACGUUCGCUGGUUUGAUCCCAAGUCUUCCUUUCAACGUGUAGCUGGGAUAUAUCUUUUCAUGAUUAUCUGGCAGCUGACCGAGCUGAACACCUUUUUCUUGAAACAUAUCUUUGUUUUUCAAGCAAGUCACCCUUUAAGCUGGGGUAGGAUUCUCUUCAUUGGAAUUAUUACAGCACCAACUGUGAGACAGUACUAUGCUUACCUCACAGACACACAGUGCAAAAGAGUAGGAACUCAAUGCUGGGUAUUUGGAGUUAUUGGUUUCCUUGAAGCUAUUGUGUGCAUCAAAUUUGGUCAAGAUCUCUUCUCCAAAACACAAAUAUUGUAUGUUAUAUUUUGGCUUCUUUGUGUGGCGGUUACUACUUUUCUGUGUUUGUAUGGGAUGGUAUGGUACGCAGACCAUUAUGGACAACGAGAAAAGACAUUGUCAGAAAGUGAAGAUGGUUUGUACAUCCCAGAUGCUUCCUGGUGUAACUCUAAAAUCACUAGAGGAAUGGAGGACAGUCCACCCAAACACUCAAGUAACAGUGACAGCCAUUCAUCCAGGAGGAGAAAUCGCCAUUCAAAAACAAAAGUAACAAAUGGGGUUGGCAAGAGAUAGAGAGAGAGAGAGAGAGAGACUGUCAAUUUCUAGCUUUGUUCCAGAAUCAUGCCUGAGAGCAAAGAAGGAAGACGGCCUGGAUCUGAAUUCCCUACACUGAAGGUCAACAAGAAAAGAGGAGGAGAUUGAAGGGAACAAACUCUUCAGUAAUCAGAGGCCUUGGAUUUUGUUAAGAGGGAAUUCAUCUGUGUAUUGCAAAUCAUUAGCUGCUGUCACCUGCCAUUAAUUGGCUUGACUCUCUGCAUUUGAUACUCAAGACAGUUGAAAAGUAUUCAAAGGCAAAGCAGUUGCUUGCUCUGGAGACGCCUGUGAUGAUGUUCAAGUAGUGUGAAUGCCUUAUGAAGAUCUUUGUUUAGCUGAGAAUGAUAAUCCAAAGUUAACUGUCAGCCAGUUGGUUUAUCUGCCUGUGGCUGUGAGGUUUUACAUUUGUUUUGCAUUUUUGUGUUCUUUAGCAUAACUUUUUGAUUGCUAUGCUGCCUUUGUUUUUGGUAACUAAGCUCUUCCGUGCUAUUCAGUUUUAAGAAACAGCGCUUCCAUUUUUGAGUUUGAGAGUGCUGAGUAUUACAAAGCAUAUUCCAUGAUUUUUGUAGUGUUUUUUAAAAAAUAAUGUUUAAUUCUGUUGAAUGCCUUGAAUUUACAAUCUUAUUAUGUAUGGAUUGUGUCCAUACUUAUUAACACAGAAACAGAUAUUUACGUAAACAUAUAGGCCUUUAUUUUCUGACGGCUACAGCGUUUCCAUAAGACUGUUCCUACUUUGAAGUAUGUCAUGUAGGCCCUGUGACCAACAGUGGUAAAACCUGACCUUAGGUUUAAAGCUAAACACGUUUACAGUUUUACAACUGUAAACCUGGCCUGAUAAGAUGCUUAUUCCAGGAAAGUGCCAUUCAGCACUGCUAUUUAAACAAAAGAAAAGAAAACAAGAACCACUCUACCCAGACUCAUUUGGAUUCCUCUUGGGAUUUUUCCCCCCUUUCUGUUUCUUAGGAAAUAAUCACAAAACAAAUCUUUAAUGUCAAUUCUUAGUCAUUCCCUGAAAAGGAAAAUGGUCACCAUAAUGAAGUAUUAAAUGUUGAAACUUAAGGUGUCAGAACUGAAAUAAUUCAGUAUUUUCUUUGUUUGGCUUGACUUCCAUUGUGUGUCCCAUGUGGGCUGUGGGGCAGAUUAUGCCAAGAGGCUUGUCCAAGAUGAUCAGUUAAAUAAGAACCCACAUCCUUGGCAUUGUCUGGAAGGUACUGCUGGCUUUGAGAACGCCAUAGGCUAUGCGCCCCAAGGUCUGAUCAGUUGUAAAAGCUUCAGCAUACAAAUCAAAUGACUGUACAUAGAAAAAGGCCGCCAUAAUCCAUACCGUCUUAUGUGCUGCAGAAGAUCUGCUUUUUUAAAUACAAUCACACUGCAGCUGCUAAGCUGUGGAAAGCUCCAUUUUUUUUCAGUCAUCAGUGUGCGAAGCCUUGCAUUAAAAACGGCUAUAACCUAUUUGCUGCAACUCUGCUAAAUCUGUGCAUGUUGGGGGUGGGGAUCCAAGUGAGGCUGGUUUCUCAUUCAUAUUUUGAAAAUUGUGAACUGAUAAUUCCAUACACACCAAUGUUGCUUAAUUCUCAAAUGUCUGUUCAUUCGCCAAGUUUCACUUCUUCAUUCUUUGUCAAUUGCAGAAAGACAGACCAGUCAUUUUACCCCCUUUUUAUUCAAGACCAAAGCUGGACGAUUUUACUAUCCUUAGGAACAUUUAAAAAAAAAUACUUUGAAGUUAAUAAUUCCCACUUUUUCAAAGAGUCUUCCUUGUUUUGCAGAUACUGGAACAUGCAGAAUCAUAGCUCUGCUAAAGUCAAUAAUCAGAUUCCUGUUCACCUUAACAGAGAUUGGGCCUUUACAGUAAAAUUUAAUAUGCAAACAUUGUUUUUAUAGAUGGGGUGAUGUAUGCAGAUAUCUUUACUGUACAGAGGUUGGGCAUACAUACCUAUCUUGCAAAACUAGAGCUCAUGUUAAUAUUUCCUAUCACUGGGAUACAGCGGGCUGUGUAUAGGGAGAGGUUUUUCAACCUCCUCAUGGUAAUUCCGACAGCCUUGGAUCAGGGGAGAUACACCAACUCUAUCUUUCAUGCAAUCUUUCACACGCACACUUUGGAUUCUGGCCUAAAUCCUUUAAAAAAUAUAUAUAUAAGGCAUGACAAAAGACGCAUGACUAAGCUCAGUAGAUGAGCACUCCUUAAUUAACCUUUUUCAGGGACAGGAAGGACGUCUGUGGUCUGACACUUCAUGUUAGUUUUUUUCCACUUUUCAGAAAUCCAAUAAAAUCUUCAUUUAUGGCAUUUCCUGUAUUGGUUAGCUUUAAUGACGUACUUUGCUUCAAUGCAUUGUUAGCCUGCAGGGCUGAUGUACUUGUGCUUUACUUUCCAUGGCAAUUAGACCUGGGCUGCUAGAAAUAGAGGAAGCUUUGCUUUCUGAAUCAGUUCUGUCAAAUCCAAGUGUUUUCUUCCAUUACUGUCGUCUUUAUACUGAGAAUUCUGGAAGAUGCAGAAUUGCUCCCAUUUGUAGGUUUCUGAACUUGCUUUCUGACUUCCUUGUUCCCUCAUUCCACUUUUAAAGAUUUUAGAUUAGCAUACAAUCCAGGUUGUUGUGAUUGUUUUUUAAUUAAUUCUCUAAUGUGGGGUUAUUUUUUUUUUAAGUCUUGAUUCCUGUGGAGAUGACUAUACUGCUCUAUCUGGGGCGGGGGCGGGGGGGUUGGCUUGCAAUUUUUUUUUUUUUUAAGGCAAAGAGAUUUCUACAAAUAAAAUGAAGGCUAAGAGGGACAUACAGUAGGAACCAGUCUGAGCGAAACUUGCUACUGUCAGUAUUAAAUCUGAGUUGAGAGCACUGCUACGUAUAAAAGAUUAUAUAAAAUAAAUAUCAUACAUACAGUUUGGUUUCAAUUAUGCUUUUGUUUCUCAUCUGUGAAAAAUAAAUUUUGACUGCCUGGGA